CCCCGCGCAACCGGCGCGCGCGUUCUUUGUUCUCGACCCGGGUGCACAAUGGCGCCCUCUUUCGUCCUCGCUCCGUGCGGUGCUGCCGUAUCUCUGGCAUGAGAUACGGAUUUGUGCAAGUCGUGGAUUUUUUCUCCGUUGUGUUUAUUAGUUAAUGCACUUGCUUAAUCUUGUCACUGUAUAAGUGUAUUCGCUGUACAAUGGAAUGCAGCACCGACGAGUUGAGCGGCUCUGGCAGCGGCAGCCUCAUCGGCCGUUGCCCAUAUCGCACCGUUCGUGCCAAAGGAGUAGGCGGAGUCCAGCAGCUUCCAAUGAAGAAGGCUGGCACCAAACAGCGUCUGACCAGACAGAAGUGCGAUAAGUCCAUGACUCUGGCUGCCGCUCGUAGUGCCAAAACAUCCCCAGUGAAGAUGACUCCAGUGCCCAAGUGGGAUGGGUCAUGCGUCGGAUCACUGCCGGCCCGAUCCCGCCGUCUCCUUUGCCUCUCGCGUGUCUCUCUCUCUCCGAGAGCGGGUCACUUCUCCUCUCGGGGCCCUUGGCCUCUUCGCCGCAUCCGGAUAUCCGUGGGUAUCUGGACUGACCUUCGCUUUAUCCGGCCAGCCAUCAGCCUUUAUCCGACCUUCCCACCGCCUUUAUCCGGCUGUGCUUUGGUCGCACUCGGCCUGUGGGAACCGCGGUUCCUCACAGCCUUCCGCCGCCUUCAUUCAAGCUUUACCGAUCAUUUCUAGCGAUGCCCCGCUGUUCUUCUGCUGCAAGGUAAUACCAUGUUCUUUUUUAAACACCCUUUUUUUUGUUUGCUCUUGUUUUCAGUUACUUUUUAUACCCGAUACUCAA